CUACUUCCUGAAGACUGGAUUUCUAGCCAGGAAGAGCUGGUCCCAUCCUCCCCACCCUUUGGCGAUAGUCAAUCAGCAAUCGGUACCAAGAUUGAUUCUCUUCUUGAAUCUUUCGAUGAAGUUUUACCUUCAGAAUCCGCCUCCCAGCAACCAGCCACGGGUUCGCUAAGCUCGAAUCCACGCCAAAAGAAUGAUUGGAUGUGGAGACAUCUCUUGAUAAGAAAUAUUCCGAACGAAUGGAUCGAGAAGAGGAGUCAAAGGAAAAAGGUCCCUGAUCGAGAGAUUUGUUGUGCUAUCACCAAUGAAGAUGGGACACAAUGCAACUGGUCUACAACGGACUCCAAACGGCAUGGCUCCACCACCAACAUUCGGCAUCAUUGGAGAGAGAAGCAUGGUGGUCUGCCACCUACUGAUAUUCUACUGGCUCUGAAGCUCGGUAAUACAGAAGAAGCUGCUUCUAUUUGUAAUAACCUUGAUAAAGGAGAACACCAGUCAUUUGAAUUUCAGGCUAUUGAACCACUUGCAAAGCUACGGAUCUUGGCUCUCUGUAUUCAACGGAGUCCACAACGAAGGCAAUCAUGGAACGAUACUUGCAACCGGAUGAACUUAUCCAACAAGUUUAUCGAGCAUGAUGUCGAUACGCGGUGGAAUUCAACCUUUUUGCAUAUUAGGGGAUGCGUUAAAGGCAAGAUCCUUCGUUCUAUAUAUAUGUUUAAUACUAAUACUCUCUAUAGUCAAGGCGACAGCUUGAGACGUUCAUCUACUAUGAGACUAGCGUCCUUUCCUUCUCAUCAGAUGAAUGGAUACGGCUUCCCAUAUCCACAAUGUUCUCUCGAGAUCAAUGAGUUUACAUUGUUUUUCUCAGAGAAAAGACCACAGAUCAGUCUCGUUUUGCCAAUAUACUACAAUCUCCACAAUUUACUCCAUGAUGUGGCUGAGCGCAAGGAAGACUUUCCAGAUCUUACUGAGAAUAUUGCAAGUGCUGUUGGUGGGAGUAUCAAGAAAUAUAUCAACUACUAUACUUUUAUGGAUGCCUCUGAUCUAUACUACACUGCACUGGUCUUGGAUCCUCGUGUGAAAGGAUCUCCCCUAGAUGAGUUAGUUGAAAUGAACGCUGGGAGAAACAUUCUUCAAACUCUCCAUAUCCUGGGACCACUAAAUCACUGGUGGGUAGCCGGAUGUAACAAAGACUACAACCUCAAGAUAGCCCUCGGUUUUCUGAUAUUGAUGGGUAUUUUGAUGGCGCUCGGGCUGAAGCAAGUGAUAUGGAGGAUCAAACUGGCUAUGUGA